AUGCUGCUUUUCUUUGUUACACCUGCUUUCCUUGGCUUAUUCGUUCCCAUUUCGGCGGUAACUAACGUAACCGUGACCGAUGCAGCCAGCGUCAAGACACUUGAUGACAUUCUUGGGGCAAUCAAUGAAAGUGAGUGAAAAAAGUUCCAUAAGGAUUUUUCGCGGUGAACAUGAAUUUCUGCAAAUUUCUCGGAUUUUGCUCAUAUUAUAUUCAGGUUCCAGCAAUAAAGCCUCAAUCCGAUUUUUCGAAGUUUAACCGGUCCUCUUGGAUUUUUAGUUGAAUCUUUAAAAGUCUAGGACAAUUUAGGAUUUUGUGAUCAUCUCCAGAAAAAAUUUAUGCCGAUGUGAUUGACUGUGAACUUCAAUUUUUCCAGGAAUAACAACUUUUCUUACAUUCCAAAUUUUUCAGAAAUCUCUACUCCUGACACAGCUCCAUAUGAUUAUGUUUACAGUGACACAGCUUAUAUGGUAUUUAACAACAAAAAAAAUUUUAAGAAAUAUUUUCAGCAAAGCACCGCACGACACAUAUCCACGGCGGCGCUGAUGAAUAAAAAUCUGCGCGUUGUCAUUCCAGCAAUAGAGCCUCCUUAUGUAAACAUCAGCCUUUCAAUCAACCUGAAUAACAUGAAAAUAUAGGUAAACUACGUCAACUUCUCCGACUCCGCACAGGCCGAUAUGGGCUACGGUCCUGGCGUUGUCAUCGAAAUUCUCAAAGAAAUCGGAAAAAGGUUGAACCUCACUUAUACGGUGAGGUCGAGCUUUGUUAUUCCAACAGAAAGUUUUUAUUUUCCAGGUAGUUCAAACCAAAGACCACGAAUGGGGCGAAUUAAUCAACGGUACUUGGACUGGCGCCUUUGGGCAGCUCUAUAGGAAAGUCGGAAUUUCCCAAAAUUUCCAAUACCUCAUGGAAUCUAGGAGGCUGAUAUCUUAGCAGGGGCUGCCAUAAUGGAAUAUCAUCGGAGUCUAGUGGCCGAUUUGACCUAUCCUUUCCAAUUCGAGCCGACUGGGAUGUUGAUAAGGUCGCCAGAGAAAUACGAAGAUGACACUUUGCUCAUUGUGACUGAACCAUUUUCGUGGCAGGUUUUCAUUUCACAGUUUCUGAAAGUGGAGAAUUGAGUUAUAAAUUUCAGGUUUGGGUAAUAUCCGCAGUAACAGUAAUUGUAUCGGCGGUUAUUUUCUUGGGAAUGACCAUUAUACUAAAUCAAGUUUAUCGAGAGAUGAAAGUGACGUUAUUCGAAUCUACAUGGGUCUUCUUCUCCAUUUUCGUACAACAAGGUGAGUUGGAGAGGAAAAUGAGAUUUAAAAGAAAGCGUUUUUAAACUUAGGAGUUUCAAACUAAAAUUUCUAAAGCCCCUGGAAAGAAUUAUUUUGAGUUGAAGCUUCGCUACGUCUUUUCGUUUUUCGACCCUUUUUUGAAGUAAUGAAAAUUCGAAGCUCAAACCCGGACCGCAGCGCAACCGCAACGCUUUGAAUCAUCCUGCAUGCAAAUAUAAUUAUUCAAGUUUGGAGAAAGAAACUUUUCAAGACUUUUUGAGAAAGUUUAUGUAGGAGCCAACGGAAUCUGAAUCCUGCUUAUAAGCUCAGAUCAGACUUUUUGGAGUUUACUGAUAAAUAAAAAGCAGGCUCAAGAAAGAAAAGAUUGCUUUCUCACCCAAUGUUCUCACGAACCGCAAUUCAGGACUUCCUGAACAGCCGCGAUCUUGGAGCUGCCGAGUUUUGGUCGCUCUUUGGUGGCUGGCCAGCAUUACAUUGAGUGCAACAUUCACAGGAAGUCUCGUGGCUCUUUUCGCCGUUGACAAAACUAAUCUGCCGUUUCAAAGUCUAUCAAUAAUUUGUACCAAAAGGAAAAACGGAAAAAUUUGUAGACAUCGAACAGUUAGUAAAAGUUGUUAGGCAAGGGAAGUAUACAAUAGUGAUGGAUGGGAACUCGUUCACGCGCACUGAAAUGAUCGCCGUAAGUCCCAAAAAACCAAUUGCAGGUUUCCCUUUCUUCAGAGAUCUCAACUCCCGGUCUACAAAGAAUUAUGGCACGAAAUUAAAGUCAAUCAUAGAGUUAAAUAUGUGGAUGGCAUACAAAAAGGUAAUAAUUGCGAAUUCCUUUUUUCAUUCAAGUUUUAGGAGUGGCUCUGGUCAGAAGUGAAACUGGAUACGUCCUUCUCGGUCCAAUGAAUACUUUAAGUUUCUUCGCGUAUUCUGAUUGUAAAGUAGUCCUCUUGAACGAAGGAAUCCUCCCAGUUUAUUUAUCAAUUCCGCUGGUCAAAAAUUCGCCAUAUUCUUCCUAUUUUUCAACAAAGUAAAAGUGAAAAACCAAGUGAGAUCAACUUGAAUUUAUAAGGAUCCGAGAAAUGGUAGAAAGAGGCUUCACACAAAAAUGGAUCAGCGACUACAGAAGUUAUGUCGCUACGCAGAAAAUCAACGAAUGCAAUACAACUACCACGGGACCCAAAAGUUGGUUUAAGUCUAAAAAUUCCCGAAUUUUUAUUGUUUUGGAUUUCUUCUUUUUUCUGCUUGUUUCCUAUUUAUUGCUUUUUUGAGAGUCUUCACCACUCACUUUUAUUUUUUUCAGGUUACCUAGACUUGAAACGGGCCCAAGGUGCCUUUUGGGUUUUGAUCGCAGGGGUUAGCGGUGGCGCCAUUCUUUUUCUGUUCGAGUUUGCCGUGAAAUUUGCUCGAGUGCAGGUUGAUAACGCUUAUUUGGUGUUUUCGUUCAUUUUGAAACAAACAGAUAAGCCGAAGAUCGGGUCCGAAAGAAAGGACUUCAGAAGUUUCGAGUUCAGCGACGCCUUCAACGAAUGA